GAAGGUGUGAUAUGGUGAUUUACACUGGUAAGGCGAAUGAGAAGUUGGCAUCGGGAUUACUUGAACCGUUCCUUUCGCAUCUUAAAUCCGCGAAAGAUCAGAUAUCUAAAGGUGGCUACUCCAUCACUCUGAGAUCAGAUGCUUCCUAGUUCACUAAAGCCACUCUGGAGAGAUUUGUAAGUUUUGUUAGGACGCCUGAAGUUCUAGAGAGAUUUGUCACAUUAGAGAGGGAGAUUUCCCAGAUACAAGAAUCAAUCCUAUCCAAUGAAGCUCAAAACAUCGAUAUGGCAAUGGAAGGAAAUGCAUCAGUUUCUGAGGGAAACUUCACAAAGUCAUCUGUGUCCUAUAAGUCCAAAGCAAAAUAUGAUGGAGCUGAUGAUGCUGUCACUGCCUCAGAAGAAAAUUCCAAGGUCCAUCUCCAACGGGUUCUGGAGACUCGAAAGGCAGUGCUUCGGAAGGAGCAAGCAAUGGCUUAUGCUCGUGCUCUGGUUGCUGGGUUUGAAUUGGAGCAUAUAGAUAAUCUCAUAUAUUUUGCUGAGGCCUUUGGAGCUUUGCGUUUGAGGUAUGGGUUAAACAAGAAGUCUGUUAUCUGCAAAAAAUAA